AUGGCGGGUUAUGAAAUGCAGUGGAGUGGUGUGAUACCGGAUGGCAAAAGAGGAAGGCGCGAUCCAGUAGAAAUGGAAAAGUAUCACAGCACCUUCCAAGUGACACGGGAAGGCAAGAACCGACUGGUCAAGAAGGCAAUGGGCAAUGAGAUGCAAUUGAGGGGUAAAACCAAAACCCUUGGAAUAGGUGAAGAGUGA